AGUACCGCACAGUCGAAGCAAGAGCAGCUGUAACAUCUGCUGUUCACCUCCCCCAAACCCCGUUUUGUGAUUAAGCUGUGCGUUCUUUAAACGGUAAAGUUUUAUUUUCUUUACUUUCGUUAUUUUAUUUGGCACAACUUUAGUAUUGCUAAUAGUUUGCCUUUUGGGGUUUGGAGGCGCCGAAUAAAUGAAUACGCUCAGGGACUCGGCGAUAGAACGUUUUCACUUGCGAUAAAUUAUCAUUUUUACAGAUUUUCUGUUAAGGACAGCGCACGAGAAGCAAACAUCUGGAUUUCGGCAAGGAAGUAGCUGCUGCUUUUUACAGUCUGAACCUUUGAAGUAUUUCCUAUAAGCGGGGUAGUGGAUGGAUAUGGCUUGGAUCACAUGGAACCUUUUACUUUCAAUAGGUUUUUUCGUUUCGCCAGCGUUCACGGCCAGGGAGCAGAGUGGAUUUAGGAGAUUUUACGUGUUGCAGCCGGGACCGAGCGGUACGGAUCGGGUGCACGUCAGUUCGAUUUCAUCCCGCACUGGCUCCGUGGGACAGCCUCGCUCGUAUAAUGUGGAACUCAGAACCAGCUACGGUGGCCAAGUUCGGAAUCGUAGGAUGGGGACUCAAGCGAACCCAAGCUUGCCGCUUCGCCAGGAUAGUCAGAUCGCACAGCAACAGAAGCAACCGAUUCGGCACACGAGUCAUCAAAUCAAAAUUUCUGGGGUAAAUGUCUGUGGGGGGCAGUGCUGUCAAGGUUGGAGUAAGGCCCCGGGAUCGCAGAGGUGCACUAAGCCGAACUGUCUGCCGCAGUGUCAGAACGGGGGCAUGUGUCUGAAGCCGCAGCACUGCGUCUGCAAGCCCGGCUCCAACGGCAAGGCCUGCGAGCACCGGACCACGCCCUCCAUCCACCCCCCCGUCCCCAACGGACACACCAAGGGCCUGCCCAACGGACACGCCAAGGGCCUGCCCAACGGACACGCCAAGGGCCAGCCCAACGGGACGCCCCUGAGGCCCAUCCCGCAGCAGGCCCCGCCCCAGUUCCUCCCCCCGGGCCCCGCCUCCGCCAUGCAGCAUCUGACCCUGACGGUCAAACAGCAGCCCCACGUCGUCCGGCCCCAGAUCAUACCCCAGCAUGUCCGCUCUCCGCUCUCCAUGACCGUGCACCAGGGCAGCAGCAGCCAGCAGUUCAUCGUGAAGCCCAAGUACUACCACACGCGCACCCACACCCAGGUGCAUAGCGUGGGGCAGCCCUUCCACCGACCCAUCCCCAUCUCCGUGGGCCACAGCCCCCUGCAAGUGGGGAACCACACGGGCCGCAUCAAGGUGGUCUUCACCCCCACCAUCUGCAAGGUCACCUGCAAUGGGAGGAAGUGCCAGAACAGCUGUGAGAAGGGCAACACCACCACCAUCAUCAGCGAGAACGGCCACGCCACUGACACGCUCACCGCCCCCAACUUCAGAGUGGUGGUCUGCCAUCUGCCCUGCAUGAACGGCGGGAAGUGCAGCUCCCGUGACCGGUGCCAGUGCCCACCCAACUUCACAGGAAAGUUCUGUCAGGUCACCCUGCCCAACGGCGCCCGGCAACACCACACCCAGCAGGUGUCCGUCGGCAACGGCCAAACCUCGCAGGUCCACUCCACCCACACACUCCCGCUCACCUAUGGAGGCGGACAAAGCCAAGUGAAGUUCGGCCCGAAUAUCGUCAACAUCCACGUGAAGCACCCUCCCGAGGCCUCGGUGCAGAUCCACCAGGUCUCCCAGCUGGACUCCAAUGGGCAGAAGGUGAACGGGGCGCAGACUGGGCACACCUACACAUACCACUCCGAGAGCAGCAGCCAGAAGGGCCAGCAGAGCCAGACCGUCUACCCCCACCAGCAGACCUUCGUCCAACACUACCCCGUGUCCUCCAAGAGCCAGCUGGGCCGCUGCUUCCAGGAGACCAGCGGGACUCAGUGUGGGAAGGCCCUGCCUGGCCUGUCCAAACAAGAGGACUGCUGUGGGUCAGUGGGCACAUCCUGGGGGUUCCACAAGUGCCAGAAAUGUCCCAAGCCAUCUAUCCCUCUGUCGGGCUCAAGAUUCACAAUGGACUGCCCCCAAGGGUACAAGAGAGUCAACAAUUCGUACUGCCAAGACAUCAACGAAUGCCAGCUCCACGGGGUGUGUCCUAACGGGAUGUGCGUGAACGCCAUGGGCAGCUACAGGUGCAGCUGUAAGCAGGGGUACAUCCCAGACCCCACCCUCAGCACCUGCAUCCCUGAUACCCCCGCCGUCCGCGAGGAGAAAGGGGCUUGUUUCCGCUUUGUGGGUUCGGGGAAGCAGUGCUUGCACCCGGUCUCGGUACAGCUCAGCAAGCAGCUGUGCUGCUGCAGUGUGGGCAAGGCCUGGGGCCCGCACUGUGACCAGUGCCCCAAUCCUGGAACAGCUGCCUUCAAAGAGAUCUGUCCUGGCGGGAUGGGCUACACCGUCACCGGGACCUACAGGCCAAAACCGGUUAUCGUCAACCGCAAGCCCAAAAUCAUUCAUCAGGAACCGCAGGUCCCUCCUCUCCCGUUACCCACUGUCCAGAAACCUGUGGAAGCUCUGAGUGUCACUGAGAGGCAGCUUCCUGAUGUCCCAGUCGUCACGGCAGCGCCCGAGGAGGAGCUCGUUACUCUCGGUGUUAACAAUAAUUCUGUAGUAGAGCCCGGCCAGCCUCAGCUCUCUCCUGGCGUCUCGACCAUAAGGAUGGAGCCCGCCUACCCAGAGGUCGUGGAGAAGGCCUCACCUCCCGCCCCCGUCGCCAUCUUCCCCUCCAGCGCCAGCCAGGACAUCGCCCCCACCCAGCUGGCAGAGGUGAAUGAGUGCUUAGUGAGCCCGAUAAUCUGUGGCCCAGGUGUGUGCAUUAACACAGCGGACGGGUACACCUGCAUAUGUGAUGAUGGGUACCAGAUGGACGAGGAGGGGACCACCUGUGUAGAUGUGGACGAGUGCGGACAGAGCGCGCUCCUCUGCGCGAACGGCCGCUGCAGGAACACCGAGGGGAGCUUCCUGUGCGAGUGCCAGCCCGGCUUCAUCCCAGACGAGAUGGGCACCAGCUGCAUCGAUGUGGACGAGUGCCAGGCCUCGGGUGUCUGUGGCGACGAUGGCUUCUGUGUGAACUCCAUGGGCUCCUUCACCUGUCGGUACUGUGAGGCCGGCUUCAAGAUGAGCCGGACGGGCCAGUGUGAAGAUGUUAAUGAGUGCUUGGAUCAGACCACCUGUGCUACUGGGAUGUGCACCAACACCCAUGGAUCAUACCAGUGUGAACCGUGCCCAGAGGGUUUCGAAGGCAAGGGUGGCCAGUGCGUAGACGUGGACGAGUGCCUGGACGUGUCGGCCUGCGUCAACGGCGAGUGCUCCAACUUCCAGGGCUACUUCGUCUGCGCGUGUCACCACGGCUACCAGCUCAGCCCAGAUGGCAAAUCGUGCACAGAUGUGGAUGAGUGCUGGGAUGAGCGGAUCUGCUCCAGGGGGCACUGCCUGAACACUGAGGGCUCCUUCAUCUGCCGCUGCGGCCAGGGCUUCAAGGUCUCGCUGGCCGGGGACCAGUGCGACGAUGUGGAUGAGUGCCAGGAGCUGGCGGAGCCCUGUGGCAGUGUGGGACAGUGUGUGAACAACAUGGGCUCCUACCACUGCAGCUGUCCCCAGGGCUACCAGCAGCUCAACGGCACCAGCUGCCAAGAUGUGGACGAGUGUCUGGAGGACCCUGAGCUGUGUGCCCCCCACGGGGCGUGCGUGAACACGGACGGCUCCUUCUCCUGCGACUGCGAGCAGGGCUUCACCACCGCUGAGGACCCGCACACCUGCGAGGAUGUGGAUGAGUGUUCGGACGGGACCAGGUGCCUGAGCGGCUCCUGUGUCAACACCAGGGGCUCGUAUCGGUGCCAGUGCGCUCUGGGAUACCGUCUGCAGGCCGAUAACGACACCUGCCUGGAUAUUGAUGAGUGUGCACUGUUGGGCCGGAGCAUCUGUGGUGCGUGGCGCUGUGAAAACACCCAGGGCUCCUACAAAUGUGUGGUCAGCUGCCCCCCCGGCCACGCCUUAGGGCCCAGCGGCAUGUGCGCGGACGUGGACGAGUGCGCGCUCAACGGCACGGUGUGCGGCCCCCACGGCUUCUGCGAGAACGCGGUGGGCUCCUUCCGCUGCCUGUGCGACCGGGGCUUCCAGGAGUCUCCGGACGGCCUCGGCUGUGUGGACGUGAACGAGUGCGAGCUGCUGAGCGGCGUGUGCGGGGAAGAGGCGCUCUGCGACAACGUGGAGGGGGCCUUCCUGUGCGUGUGCCCCAAGGAGAACCAGGAGUACAACCAGAUGACCGCCAAGUGCACCUCCACCGCCGAAGAGUCGUCUGUGGAGCGGAAGGAGUGCUACUACAACCUGAACGACGAGAAUCUGUGUGAGAACGUGCUGACCAGCAGCGUGACCAUGGAGGAGUGCUGCUGCACGCUGGGGGCGGGAUGGGGCGACAACUGCGAGGUGCACCCCUGCCCCGUGCACGGCACAGACCAGUUUGACCAGAUGUGCCCGGCCGGGAAAGGCGGCGUCCCCACCGGUGACUCCAUCUUCGGUUCGGCUGCCUCCAGCUUCAAAGACGCGGACGAGUGCGUCCUGUUCAGCCAGGAGAUCUGCAAAGACGGCUUCUGCCUGAACACGGCGGGGAGCUACGAGUGCUACUGCAAGCAGGGCCUGUACUACGACGAGGUCAAGCUGCGCUGCCUGGACAUUAACGAGUGUCUGGACGAGAGCACAUGCAUCGGGGGUAAGUGCAUCAACUCGCACGGCUCCUACAUGUGCUUCUGCGCCCCUCCGAUGAUCCUGGACCCAGACAGCAUGCGCUGCCAGCCCGCCCCCCACCGCCUCGGAGCCCUCCGAGCUGUUUGAUAUCUACGAGGACAUCUGCUGGCAGAGGGUCACACAGGAGUCCCUGACCUGCACCAGCCCGCUGGCUGACCGGAAGACCACCUACACGGAGUGCUGCUGUCUGUUCGGGGAGGCCUGGGGCAUGGACUGCGCCCUCUGUCCCAUG